AUGCUCAUUGUUGAAAAUAUGGAAAAGGAUGUACGUUUCCAAUAUCCAAAUAAAUAUGAAAAAUUACGUAGCAACGAAAUGGUUACCUCGGACGACUCCGAUUCGGAAUUCUUCCAAGAAAAUUGCACUGCUAGUUGCGGUACCUCCAAAAAAGCAAUCUUUAAACAAAUUGUCACAAACAACAUUCCAGAUACAAUUCAUAAAAUUCAUCAGGCGGCAUAUCAUAAGGUAGACAAAACGCACAUUAAAGUUCCGAUUGUAAAAAAACUGAAAGAGAAAACAACAACAAAGAGACCGUCAUCAGCAGCUCACCAAGCUGCUCAGGAAGUAAAUGCAGUUUUGGAAGAACAUGAAAAACAGCAAAAGCAAGCCGAAAUGAUGGAAACUAUUGUCGAUGAUAUAAGUAAAUGUAAUGAUGACGCUGACUCCAUUGGUUCCGCUUCCGAUCUAAGGACAGAAGAUGACUUCUUCGAUGAGAAUCAUGUAAGUCAUAUAUCCCGAAAUAAUUGUAAAUUAAAACGACCCGAUUUGGACGGCGUAAGCGAAAGCGUGAAGACUUGCAGCUCAUCCGCAUACCAUGCCGAAUGUGAAUCGGUAACGACACACGAAGAUGAUAGUAGCCGCGUAGUGGUAAAAGUGCGUAUGCGAAAAAAAGACAGAAACUCUUGUGCUGCUUCCGCAAAUGAAGCUUUAGCUGUUGCAUCUGCCCUUUCGGACUUGAGCUGUGAACAAGAUGAACAUCCUUCAGAAUUCCUCAAUGCGUUUGGCGAUAAACCUCUACUUUUGGAUGACGAAUUAGACUAUGGCUCAGAGGAGACAGACUCUGCCUCCAAAUCUAUACCAAACGCUCACAUCGAUACCAACAUAAAUACAUUCGAAGAAAGUAACGCUCUUAAAAUUGUAGUUAAUUGCAAAGACCAAGACGAACUAGAUGUUUUUGCAAUGGCACCGUUUAAUAAAAAAGAAAUUGGGAAUAUCAAAAAGAAACUACAUGGCAAAUAUAGCUCCAGGAAAAAUCUAUUGACACAGUUGCAGGGAAUAUUCCGGACUCAAGUACGGAAAUGUGGACAUCGACGCCCAUUAAAUGUUUUGUUAAAACAAGUGAAAAAGAUGGGCCAACCAUUGUUUCGGGCCCAGACCAAGUUUUAGACAAUUUUAAUGAACCUGUCUUUAACCCUUUCGAAUAUGUUGAUAACAAACAACGUAGUAACAACAUUCAUAAGGAAGUACAAAGCUCAUCCCUUACGGAACAGUAAAAGUCAUUUCAAAUAAUCCUGUUGAACCCUUGAACUCGGUAUGCCCUAAAAGCAAUUUUUUUUGAAUCGGAUCCAUUCACCAGAAGUGCAGAAGAGUGUAGCAAAAAGAAAAAUAUGAAUCUAUACAAUCCUAAAGUAAAUAUCUAUAAAAGUUCUAAUACCACUAAAGAAGUCGGAACGGAUCCAACAGCUCAACUUGUAACUGUUAAUUCUUCCAUUAUUAUAAAUAAAACACCAGAACCAUAUAACGUGUCUAAGGAGGGCAGCAUUGUUACCAGGGCUCUAGCACCACAAAGUGGGUUGCCUGUAAAUGAGAAAAAGAUCCCCCUCCAUACGCCAAUGUGCCUAUAUUCCAACCAAAUAAGUCUUCACAUGUUGAGCUUCCACAAAGGCAAACUGUGGUAAAUAGUUCCUUAGGUACGCCAGAACUCCUAACGGGUUGUACUCCAUAUCCA